UGAAACUGAAUCGAAUUUCGCCGAUUGUGAGUUAUUCAGGUUCCUGUGUGCAACUGUGGGGGGUUUCGGUGGACAAACGCUGCUUUUAAAAGCCUCCAUAAGUACAAAAUGCGUUGCUGAUUAUUGCUGGAAUGAUGUCGGACAGAAUUGAAAAUUUUUAAAUUAUUUUCCAGCGCGUUUUAUACGGACUUUCUCCACCGCUUCGUCUUUAUCCACAGCCGAGAGACGGGCAGCGGCCUGCGGGUCGACGCGAGCAGGAAACACCGCGGAUGGGAUUUAGGCCUCGGAAUUGAAACCCCCCCAGCGACAAAGACUUAUCCACCAAAAGGAGUAGCGGCUUAGUCGACCCACAGCCGGUCUCGUAAAGGAGUUUCCACCAGUUUGAAGGAAGUCUGAAGGCAGGAGACGCUUUAAAAUUUCAAGACACUCGUUAGUUGUUAUCUCCACUUGGAUGAUGCCCACACACACUGUGGUCUGAGGUUUUCUGGAGCAGGCAACCGCUCCCAAGGGUUUUUGGGGUCACCCAUUUUACUUUUUUCUCUCUUGUGGUGGUCCUUUGAACCGUCAAAAUAAGUUCCUCUCUGCCCCCCCACCUGUCCCACCGCGGCCAGUCCAACAACCCCUUCCCCCUAGAUUCCCAUGGUAAGAGGUCCCACUACGGCACCAAGCUGAAUCCCUACACUAGAGCGCGGAUGACGGAAGCAUGGCAGCAGCAUGCUGUUGCCCCGCCUCCCGUUGUCCACACCAUACCUCCAGGGGCAGAGAACGCCCUCAGCUGUGCAGUUUAUGGCAUCGUCCUGCAGCCGGAUGCCACGUUGCAGCAGCAGCAGUCGCAACAACAACAGCAGCAGCAGCAGCAGCAACAACAGCAGCAGCAACAUCACAGCCAGCAGCACAGCCAGCAGCAGCACCCAGCACAGGCUCAGCAGCCAUCCCUGCAGGUGGGGAGCGAAGGAGGACACAAAUGUGGAGCCUGUGGACAUGACAUUUCCCACCUGGCCAACCCCCAUGAGCACCAGUGCAUGGUGAGUCAAGAUCGCUCGUUCCAGUGCACACAGUGCCUGAAGAUUUUCCACCAGGCCACAGAUCUAUUGGAGCACCAGUGUGUGCAGGUGGAGCAGAAGCCCUUUGUGUGUGGAGUCUGUAAGAUGGGCUUUUCACUGCUCACAUCGCUGGCGCAGCACCACAAUGCCCACAACAGCACCAACCCCAUGAAGUGCUCCAUCUGUGAGAAGACCUACCGACCUGGUUCCUCUGGCAAUGCCACUCCCACCUCGUCCACCACAAACCAGGGCCAGCCAUCCAACGAUGGUGCUUCAGCCAGCAGCAGCGCUGCCGUGGGCUCCUCAGGCCAGCCCACCUUCGAGUCUUCUGCCCCCUACAGGCCCUACAAGUGCUCUGUGUGCUCCAAAGGCUUCAGACACCUGUCCGAACUCACCCGUCACGAGCGAGUACACACAGGCGAAAAGCCCUUCAAAUGCGAGACAUGCGACAAAAGCUUCAGCCAGUCAUCGCACCUGGCACACCACCAGCGCACGCACAGCUCAGAAAGGCCAUUUAAAUGUGCCGUGUGUGAGAAAAGCUUCAAACACCGGUCCCAUCUGGUGCGCCACAUGUAUGCCCACUCAGGUGAGCACCUAUUCAAGUGCAACAUGUGUGAACUGCACUUCAAGGAGUCGUCGGAGCUGCUGCACCACCAGUGCCAACCACAGGGCGCAAGGCCGUUCCGCUGUGCCACCUGCGGCAAGGGCUUCAAGCGUCCGUCUGACCUGCGGCAGCAUGAGCGCACCCAUUCGGAGGAGCGGCCCUACCACUGCGAUGACUGUCAGAUGAGUUUCAAGCAGCAGUAUGCUCUGGUGCGCCAUCGGCGCACACACACAGCCUCCGCCGACCGUCCCUUCAAAUGCAACCUCUGUGAUAAGGGCUUCCUGCAGCCGUCCCACCUGCUCUACCACCAGCAUGUGCACGGCAUGGACAACCUCUUCAAGUGCGCCUCAUGCGGCAAGGGUUUCAGCCAGUCUGGGGAGCUACUGCGUCACAAGUGUGGUGAACCCUCCACCACCCCUACCAAUCCAGACAAGCCGUACAAGUGUGACGUGUGUGGCAAGGCCUACAAAAAAGCCACAACACUGCAGCGUCACCAGACCACCCACUGCAAUGAGAAGCCUCUCAAGUGCUCCCUGUGCGAUCGCCGCUUCCUGUCCUCUUCGGAAUUCGUGCAGCACCGCUGCGACCCGUCCCGUGAGAAGCCCCUGAAGUGCCCUGACUGCGAAAAGCGGUUCAAAUACUCGUCAGAAAUGAACCGGCACCGCCGUGUUCACACCGGAGAAAAGCCGUACAAGUGUGCCAGCUGUGAUAAAUGCUUCAAGCAGAGGGAACACCUGGCCAAGCACCAGAGCGUUCACUCCAGGGAUGCACAGUUUAAAUGUGUAUGGUGUGGAGAGCGCUUCGCCGACCUGGGCGCUCUCCAGGAGCACACAGUCCAGCACACAGCUGAAGGAGGGGGGUACCCUGUACCCUCUCUUAUCCAGUAAACUCCUUUACACUCCAAUCUUGUCCACUCCGCUUUUUCCCUUUCUCCACUGCCAAAUUCUACAAAAGCAAACAUAAGCCCUACAGUUAAUUAUGUUGUCAUAUAGGUUUUAGAAUAUGUAUUUACCUGGUUUCUUCUAAGAAAUGAAAAGAAAAGGAUAAAGGCAAGUUGUCCGAUAACCUUAUGAGUUUCAUAUAUCCAUACCAGAUAAAUAACUACUUGUAACAAGAGGUAUUUAAACACAAAGUGGAUUGAGAUGAGGUCUGAUUUCUUAUAGAUGCAUUUUUUGAGAAUGGAGAAGUAUGUGAAUUAAAAAAAAAAAGUCUGAAUUUUGAGCAUAGUAUUCCAAAGUGAGCAAACGGAGAACAAUCUGUUUCAGUAUAUUGAUGGUGAGAAAAUGGUCCCCCUAUAAGUUCUGCAUAAUAAAUGUCUAUUUCAAAAAGGAAGCCUAAAGGAAACCUAAUGAAGCAUCAUGUCUUUAAGCAUCUACUGUCUUGACAGUAGAGGCUCCCCUUUAAUUUUAAUAAAAUCUUUAGUUGGGUCAUGCUGUGUCCCAUUCGAUCUGUGGAGUGCUGGACUUUAUAAAAAAAAAAUAUAGACACAGAAAAAUACGACAAAAAGUUAGUGUGCUGCUUUUGUCUGGUGAUGAAUCUUUUAGGAAUUGAUAAUACUGUUUUUCUGAUUACAUGUCAUUUUUUGUUACGGGAUUAUACAUGCUAAUGUGUUUUGGGUAUAGUUUGCUUGCUUCCUGUCUUGAGUUUCAUUUGCAGCUACAAUUGAAUUUCCAGGGAGCAUUUUUUACUCUCUAACCAUGUUCCAAUAUGAAGGAGUGUGUUCUCUUCUCAAAACAAAAAUAAUGGAAACAUACUGUGUAUAUAUCUCCGUAAGUCACCACUUGAAACAACAUUGCCUGCAUUUUAGUUAAGUCAGCUGGCCGUAGCUGACAAAAUGUUUAGAAGCGGAUGGGGGACUAGCGUAUGUUGUGCUGUCAUUAGAUAUUAAAACUGUCUGUAAGUGUGUAUGUCAAAGUAUAUGUGCCCUUCAGUUGGGCAACUCUGGUAUGUACCAAAAAAUUUUGAAAAGAACAACCCGACCACCAAUGUACUGUACUACACCCCAAAGGGACAGAUUGUUAACCAGCUAAAGCAUCGUGGAUACCACGGUUUCUACAUUUCACUGCGAUGUACGUAAAUAUAUAGAAACUAUAUAGAAAUAUAUACUUCACUCUUGUAUACAAACAGUUCGUAUUACCACAAAAGUAAAGGAAAAGUAUAAAAAAACUGUCCUGAAAUGGCCUAAAACCUGAAAAGGCUUUCUGUGUUACUGUAUGUACAUAGGUUAGUAUGUAUGCUCCAUGUUUACCAGUCCUGUCAUUAGAUAUUGCAUUGUCUUUCUUAACUAUUUUAUAAGUAGCUUUUUAUUAUGUGGUAUUAUCUUUAAUUUUUUUUUCUUUUUUUUCUCUGUUUUGUAGAUUUUUAGAUGUAGAGUUUGAUUGUCUGAUGGUGUGUGUUCGCAGUUGUGUGAAAGUUGUCUUUGCAGAGUUUUGUUGCCCCUUUAUUAUUUUGCCUACGUUUUCAUUGUGCGGAUGAGGAGUUUGGGUAUAGUUGCUCUCCGUGUCCAUGACUGGAGCUCUAUCGCCAUACAGCUGAAGGGAAGCGGGAUACGGUGUUGAGACUUCAUCUGGGUCACGGCCUCUGGCCUUCCCUUCACCUCACAUAGGCCUUCUUACUUUAGUGUUUAUGUUAACCAGAUCUUUCCCUCUAUGAGUCCUCUAUAUACAGCACCACGAGUGUGGUCUUUAUACAGCCUGUAUAGAUUUGUUUAGUUAAUCUUUUCUGUUUAUUCCUGCCAGUCCCGGUUAUCUUGCCUGCGUUUAUACUGUAAGAUGAUGAUGAUGAUGCCCCGCCCUCUUUACUUUUGUAACAAUCAUAAGAAUUUUAUUUUUUUGUCUUGUUUUUAAAUAAGGAAAAGCAAUGGGUUUUUAGCUUGCCCCAUGAUGUAACUGAAAAUGUUUAAUGUGUUUAAGGGAUGACUAAAUUGCAUGUCACUUUUUUGUUUUGCAUUUAAAGUGGUCCAGUUGCUCUAGAUGUUUGUCAUUGUUUCUUUAUUUUUACUGUGUUUAUUUAUAUAUAUAUAUAUAUAUAUAUAUAUAUAUAUAUAUAUAUAUAUAUAUAUAUAUAUAUAUAUAUAUAUAUAUAUAUAUAUAUAUAUAUAUAUAUUCGCCACCCUGGAACUUGAAAGGAUGGCAUAGGCCACAAACAUUGGUUCUCCAAGUUCUUUACACAUGCUGCCUAAUUUGGGUGCUGGUUUCACAGAGAAUUUGGAAUACUUUAAAAGAACGUGACCAUAAUAGCUUUGGAGUGAGGGACUGAGUGACUGAAUGUGUGUGUCUUUGUGUGUCAGCCUGGGUUUCUCCUCCUGCUUUGUGUCUGCGUGGUUCCCUGCAGUAGAUCAGCAGGCUCGGGGCAGGUUUGUGUUUGGGCCUCUGUGGACUGUGCAGUAUUAAUGUCAGUGAGAGAGUGUGUGUAUGUGUGUGUGCGUGCGUGUGCACGCGCUGUCUUAUGUGGAGGUGAAGGCUCUGCUGUCCUGCAGUAAUGUACGCUGAAAACUCAGUGUGACCGGAGCGCUCAAAUAUAUGUGACACUUUGGCCUUAAGCAGGUUUAGUGAAUCGGGGGGAGGGGUGUUUCCAUAGUCUCCGUUCUGUAUGUGUGUGUGUUUUUUUUGUUUUUGUUUUUUUAAUAUAUAUAUAUUUUACAUCUUAAUAGUGUGUUUAUCCAAUAUUUGAAAAUAUCAAGGGGCUUUUUUCCAACUCCAGGCAUUAAGAAAAGAUUGACUGAGAGAACAGAUGGGAUUUUAAUAAAACUAUGUAUUUCAUGUUUUUUGGUUCUCACGUUUGCAUUGUAUAUUAAUUUUUUUAUUAAUAUUGUUUUAAAAUUUCUAUAUAAAUAUCUAUAUUCUUGGUGGCAGGGCCAGGAACCUAGUGGAGGGUGUUCAGUAAGACCAAAUGAGAUUUGGCCUGGCCUUUUCAGGCUAUGGGAAGUUCAUUGGCCUUCCUCUGUGGUCCUGCGCUCUGCCUUGUGCAUGCCUGCUGUGUUAGUUCCUGUAAUCUGUUUUAAAGUAUUUGUGCUUCAGAGCACACUUACUUACUCUUUAGCUUUUUCAAAUUGUAGAUUGUGGAUGAGCUAGUAAGAAAACUUCAUGUGGCGAUGGAUGUGACAUUCAUGCUAAAUAUCUGUAUGUAGCAUUUAAUAUACACAGCACUAACUAAUAAAACUUUUACAUUAAUAA